AUCUCUCUGCAAAUCGAACUGGCCAGGUAUAUAAACUUCCAAGGAUGCUCUUUAUCGUCUAGUGUUUCGCUCAUCGAGUUCCUUCUCCUUCGCCGCUGGUCGGACGAAUUUCUUUACUUGAACCUUCUCCCGCUGGUCGGACCACUACUUCUUUCUAUCUAUCUGACUUGUCACUUCGUCGCCAUGCGUUUCAACUCACAAUCCCUCCUCCUCGUCUUUGGCUCCAUGAUGGUGGCCGUUUGGGCAUUGCCGCUCAUUGCUCGUAAUUUACAAGGGGAAAAAUGGAUUUUAGAGGAAUAUGAGAAGACAGUGACCGCAGCUGAUAAGAACGUUUUCAAAGCAAAGCUUAAGGAUGUCCAACUUGGACCGCUUCUCUCAACUGAAGGCCUUCACAACAAUGGUAUCUACAGCAUGAAGGGAAAAUACAAAGGCAAAAGCGGGGACGACAUAGUCCUUAAAGUCCUCAAAUCUGUUGACGAUGAAGCUUAUGCCGAGGUGAAGGCCCUCAAAGGAAUCGGAGAAUAUGUCGACUCUGGGAUGUUCACGGUCAAAGGCAAGGAAGCGCCUGUCAUUAUCAUGAUAAAGGUCCCGGGUUCUGUGCUAAGCGACACACCUGAGUACAAAAAGGCAAAGACGGACGAAAAGGAAAAGAUGAAGGAGGAAGCUAUAGAUUUGAUGUGUAAGGAAGUCGCUGAGGUUGGUAAGAGUAAGGGUAUCCUGCACAAUGACAACAGGAUCGAGAAUAUCCAUGUUACAAUGUCAGGCAAUAAAGUCGUCUCUGCUAAACUCACUGACUGGGGAGCGUACGAGCUCUACACUAUGGACAAGAGUGCUUCGGAGGCCGAAAUUAUCGCGUUCUGCAAGAAGCACUGGACUCAUGUCGAUUGGUUUGUUCAGGCUGACUUCGAGUGAUUGCAAUAUCCCUCUUGCUUCCCGCAUACCUAAUAGUACCGUAGAGUGCCAACAAAGUUCGCCACGUAUCAUACAGAUCGAGCAUAGGAUACAAAUUGAAAGAUGUCGGAAGGGGCGAUAGCAAAAUAACAUACACGUACAUAUUCCAAAUUUAAAAUGAUCACUCUGCCACGGCAGAAUGUCCUGCAGUCCCACAACUAUUCUCCAUCUCUUCUUCCUCUUGUCGUAAUCGUCGUUCCGCAGCCUCUAGCGCUCGUCUUCUCCGGUCUUCUGUCGAAUCGUUGAGCAACAGUAUCGCAUCACUCCCACUUCCGCCAAGCACAUGCGAUCCAUGCG